AUGUACACUCAAAUGACAGAAUCAUAUCCUCCUCCCAGCUAUAGCCGGGAUUACUACAACUCUUUCUUACCUCCAUACUAUCCGGCUUCAACUGGCAAUUACACGACCACAACCCCAGCAGAAUCAUUUUCGUCAGAUCAACCCGCCUACGACACACAGUCCCCCUACGCCAACCAAUUCCCCCGGUUUUCCCGAGACGCAUCAAAGAACCUCACCGAGGCAUACACCUAUCCCGCCGCUCCUCAGCUCUACACCUACGCCUACCUCCCCACUCAACCUCUCUACCUCGACCAAUGCCCCUUCCCCUGGGCAACCCCACAACCCAGCACAGAGACUCAGCAUAUAAACCCCCAAUCGCCCACAGCACCAGCCACGAAAGCAACUUCUCCGCUCGGUAACGACUCCCAAACAGACACCGUCAAACGGCAACGCUACCUCCACAAGAACCGCGUGGCAGCCACAAAAUGCCGUUCCAAGAAAAAGCAGUACAUCCAGCAACUGCAAUCCCGCUUCGAGGCCCUAUCGCUUGCGAAACGCGAGCUGCAGUGCCAGGUGCAGAGUCUGCGGGAUGGAUUGAUCUCGCUUAAGGAGGAGUUGGUGAGACAUGCGCGGUGUGGCGAUGGGCCGAUUACGAAUUAUAUUGAGAAGAGGAGGGCGGGGUGUGCUUGA